UCUCACCCUCCUAUGGUUUGCUUUGCUUAGCUGCUUCCUGUACUCUCUCUCACACGCAGUACAGUACUCUCCUUCUCGACUAUGCUCUCAUCAGCUAGUGACCCACAACUCCAGUUUUCCCUUUCGCCGGUUACGUGCGGACUAUGAGAGAUGGGUUUUCUCCGGCGACUUUUUGGCUACAAGAAGCAGCAGAACCAAGCUUCGGCGGAGUCGAAGGAGAGGAGGAGGUGGAGGUUCACCAGAUCUUCCAACACAACGCCGUCUCAGCCCACUAACAAGCACGCGGCAGUGUCGAGCCUCUAUGAUGACGAUCUGGAUGCCAAUAAGCACGCAAUAGCAGUUGCUGCUGCAACGGCGGCCGUUGCAGAGGCGGCUCUCGCGGCGGCCCAGGCGGCUGCGGAGGUUGUGAGACUCACGAGAAGUAGCGGUGGGGGCCGUGCAGCCUCAUCUGCGGGGCACGUUAUCGGGAGUCAUUGGAGGAGGAAGGAGGAACUGGCGGCGGUCAAGAUACAAUCCGCAUUUCGUGGUUAUCUGGCUAGGAGGGCGCUGAGGGCACUGAAAGCACUUGUGAAGCUUCAAGCCUUAGUAAGAGGCCACAUUGUGAGAAAAAAAACAGCAGACAUGCUUCUGCGCAUGCAAACAUUAGUCAAGGUGCAGGCUCGAGCACGUGCUAGUCGUGCUAAUGUUUCAGAAUCUCUAUAUGUUUCUAACAAGUCCUCUCGCACAAUCUUUAAGGUCCCAUCUAGUCGUGACAAUGAUGAUCAUCGAUUGCAUGCUUGUAUUACUAAAUUUGAUGGCUCAUCAAUCUUGAAGAGAUGCGGAUCAAAUUCAAUCUAUAGGGACUUAAGUAACCUUGAGAAAGCGAGAUCGGAUGCAAAUUGGUUAGAGCAUUGGACGGAGGAAAGCUUAUGGAAUGAGCAUAGAGACACUCAACUGAGAAAUCAACGUAGUGAUGAUGAGAAGUGCGACAAGAUCCUAGAAGUAGAUACUUGGAAACCCCACUUGAAAUCCCAACAAAGUAACAGAAACUUCCACACCUCACACUCAACGUCUAACUAUACCAAUCAGAACUUUAUGACAGUCGACUCUCCAUCAAAAUCAUCAUUGAAAGCGCAAAAUCGAAUCACAAGUUUACAUCCAGGAGAAGCUCUAUCGUUAAACUCCCCGAGGUUCCCCACUGGAAAGGAACAGGCUGCCGUGAGGACUGCUGAGAACAGCCCUCAAAUGUUUUCUGCAUUGUCGAAACCUGGAAGUACUAGUGCUAGAAGAGGCCCUUUCACUCCCACAAGGAGUGAGUGCUCUUGGGGCUUCUUCAAUGGGUACUCAGGCUACCCAAACUACAUGGCAAACACGGAAUCAUCUAGAGCUAAGGUUAGGUCACAAAGUGCUCCGAGGCAAAGGAUCGAGUUUGAGAAACAUGGAUCAACUCAAAGAUCUCUUCAGGGGCUAUGGGAAACAAGCAGUAAUUCAGAAAGGUGUUUCCCUCAACAGACUGAUUGUAGGAACAGAGCUUAUCCAGCAUCUAGUCGCUUAAAUAGACAAGGGAGUUCCAAAAUGAGGUAACACCGUAACAGUAGUUGUUGUUGAGCUAUGGUUUUCUAUUGUUCUCAAUUCCAAGUGUGUGUUAGUGUGCGAGUGUUGUAAUUAUUUGAGCAUAAUUGGUGAACGUCUUGUUUAUAGAAUCGAUGUAGUGUUGCAACUAAAUGACAUUGUUGUUGGAUAUAAAGGGUCCUGUGUAACUAGCGUUCUAACAACUAGAAUUUACAUAUUAUUAUAGUUGAUUUGAUGGCUGAUUUAA